GGCGGGACUAAGGAGCAAAGUCCGGAAGCACAGACAAAACAGGGCUGAGGAAAGGAAGAAGAAAUUAUUUGUUGCUUUUUAAAAGAACAGCGGACAUGGCUGACAACAGAGAUAAAGCCACUGAUCAAAUGAAGAUAUGGAUGCAGAAGAGAUGCUCUCAGAGGCCAGAUCAGCUGACCACAGGAGCAGGCCAUCCUAUUGGAGACAAGCUAAACCUGCAGACGGCCGGAGCAAGGGGCCCCUUGUUGGUCCAAGAUGUGGUCUUCACCGACGAGAUGGCCCACUUUGACCGUGAACGCAUCCCGGAGCGAGUGGUGCACGCCAAAGGGGCAGGAGCUUUUGGGUACUUUGAGGUAACGCACGACAUCACUGGCUACUGCAAGGCCAAGGUGUUCGAGCACGUCGGCAAAGUGACGCCCAUUGCAGUCCGCUUCUCCACUGUGGCGGGAGAGUCCGGAUCAGCGGACACAGUGCGGGAUCCCCGAGGCUUUGCAGUCAAGUUUUACACCGACGAGGGCAACUGGGACCUGACAGGCAACAACACACCCAUUUUUUUCAUCAAAGACGCCAUGUUGUUCCCGUCCUUCAUCCACUCGCAGAAGCGCAAUCCUCAGACCCAUAUGAAGGACCCGGACAUGGUGUGGGACUUCUGGAGUCUGAGACCCGAGAGUCUCCAUCAGGUCUCUUUCCUUUUCAGUGAUCGAGGUUUGCCGGAUGGCUUUCGUCACAUGAAUGGCUACGGCUCACACACCUUCAAACUGGUCAACGCCGAUGGAGAGUUGGUGUACUGCAAGUUCCACUACAAGACUGACCAGGGGAUAAAGAAUAUGUCUGUGGAGGAGGCAGACCGCCUAGUUUCCACCAAUCCAGACUACGCCAUAGGAGACCUCUUCAACGCCAUCGCUAAUGGCAACUUCCCGUCCUGGACCUUCUACAUACAGGUCAUGACGUUUGAGCAGGCGGAGAAGUUCCAGUUCAACCCGUUUGACCUCACUAAGGUUUGGUCGCAUAAGGAAUACCCGUUGAUCCCUGUGGGCAAAAUGGUCCUGAACAGGAACCCAGUCAAUUACUUUGCAGAGGUGGAGCAGCUGGCCUUUGACCCCAGCAACAUGCCGCCGGGCAUCGAGGCCAGCCCGGACAAGAUGCUGCAGGGUCGCCUCUUCUCCUACCCAGACACACACAGGCACCGACUGGGGGCCAACUAUCUGCAGAUCCCCGUCAACUGCCCCUACAGGGCCCGGGUGGCUAACUACCAGCGGGACGGACCGAUGUGCAUGUUCGACAACCAAGGUGGCGCUCCAAACUACUACCCCAACAGCUUCAGUGCGCCAGACACCCAGCUUCAGUUUGUGGAGUCCAAGUUCAAGGUGUCUCCGGAUGUAGCGCGUUACAACAGCGAGGACGAGGACAACGUGACCCAGGUGCGCACCUUCUACACUCAGGUGCUGAACGAAGAGGAACGCCAAAGACUCUGUCAGAACAUGGCAGGGGCCCUGAAAGGGGCGCAGCUCUUCAUCCAGAAGCGAAUGGUGGAAACCCUGAAAGCCGUGCAUGCAGAUUAUGCCAACAGAGUUCAGAGCCUUCUCAACAAGUACAAUGCAGAGGCCCAGAAGAACAACAUUCACGUUUACAGCCGACCAGGAGCGUCAGCCGUCACUGCCUUGUCCAACAUGUGAACGCCAGGGAGCUCAUUUCCAGACCGCAGGAUGCACUUAAGUAAUCUUUAACAAAAUAAGUCACAGAUUAUGCUAAAACCAUUUUGGGGCUAAGAACAAAAUGCUAAGCGGGGCUUCCAAUGUUAAUGUUUCAUCAUACAGACAUGAAAGUAACCAACAGUUUUUCUGCUUUACAAUGUGUGCCUUCCGUGAUAGAUGAGGACGAUUAGUUGUGGUAUUGAUUGAUUGAUGCAAUGUUGCAAAAACGGUGGCAAAAGAUACAGAAGAAGCAAAGUCACAGAAUUAUGACAGAUCAUGUAAUAAUUUCGGCAUUGCAGAUUUUUUUUCAACAGACAUUUGUAGCAAUUUUACAAAAUCUUUUACAAAUGAUUUUAAGUACAAUUUCAAAAAAUGACGUUUUAGGAGUGUAAAAGACGUACUUUUAUUACAUCUCAAUAUGCCCUCACAAAGACACACACUACAGUUAAAAAGGUGUAAAUUGCAUCAUUAUUUCAACUUGACCCGACAGUCAUACCAAUAAAUGAGGAAUAAAGUUGUAUUUGAACUAAAAUGAAUCAGUAAUAUUGUUAGUUGGACAUUAUCAUGUCAGAAUGUAAUAUUGUGUCUUUUGUUUUUACUCCAAAUAUGACCCUAGUCUCGUAAAAAACAUUUGACUUCACUGUUUUGUUAGAAUCGAAUCUUGAUCGUAGUAGUUGAUGGUUUUAUGAUUUAUGACUAAUAUCUAAUCUUGAUAGACCACGCUAGUGAAGCUGUGUUACCAGCCUGCCAUGAAUCAUAUUGAAAGUACAGGACGGUACCUUCAAGCCUUGUGAGUGUUCAAUACAAAUGGAUGAAAAUGAAAUCUUUUAUCGCUGAGUUUAAUUAACACUUGUACAAGUUUGUUCAUGUUCACUGACCUAUUCACAAAUUCAUGCUAUAGGAGGAUUGCAGCGCCUUGCAAUAUUACAAUACCGUAACACUUAUAUAAUUUACUAUAAUAAGCAUGUUGCUUCAAAAAGGCGCAAACAAGCUAAAAAUACCAAUGGACGUCCACUUCUUUGUAAAGUUGGUUGGAAUACAGCUUGGCUUUAUUAAUAAAAUGAAAAUGCGCAGCUA